AUAUAUUUAUGAAUACAUUACUGAAUUUGAAUUAUUAACAAUUUUUAAAUAUGUAUAACGUCUUCCUAAAGUUUUUUUUAAGACCUUCAUGAUUUUGAUAUCUAAAUUUUAUAAAGAUAUUAUACAUAUAUAAAAGCAUCUUUGUAAAUUUUCAAAAUAUAUUAUACAUUAAAUAAUAUUUUUUAAUAUUCAUAUAAAUUAAAUUCACGAAAAUGUCAUACACAUUUUUGAAGAACUUCCAAAAUAUACAAACAAGUUACAUUCAAGAAAUUGAUUUACACAUUUAUGAAGACAUUGCUAAAUUCAGAAAAAUUUUUUUUACAAAUUCAAGAAGAUAUCAUAUAAGUUCAGGUACGUGUUCGGUGGCUUUAGUUUUUUGCUAUCCCUUGGUUUGUUUUCUUUGGCUUCUGCGGUUAGGAGGAGCCAGGCUUUGGCAAGCCCUACCAAUUUCUACCGAGCCCGUGAGUCCUUAACAAGGAAUCUUAGUGCGAGCUGUAAUAAAGUGCGACCAUUUCGUUUCUCCUUCUGUACCUUGCUAGUCGGGUUUAGGUUAGGUACCGUACUUAUCUCAUUCCUCAUUUGGUGUGUUUUGUUUCUUUAGCUUGUUUGUGCUUCUUCUGCUACUAGUCUCAUCACUUGUAAAAAGCGAUGUGUUAUUGUAUAUAAUUUAUGUCCUCAAUUUUGUUUGUAAGUUGGCUGAUACAUGUUCUAAGCCUUGUCAAUUAUUUUUUUUUUCUGUGUGAUACCCAUAAUUAAGGCCAUUACAACCUAAAGAGCAAUGAGUGAGGCGCCAGCUGGAGCUUCGAAUGAUGAGAAAUGACUGACAUGUAAUCUCCCUCUGGAUCUGCCACGACCGGCUUUAGUGGUGGAAGCUCCCUCUGUCUACCAUACAAGGGGGCUAUUGGUGCACUCCUCCGAGAGUGUUUGUUGAUUAUCAGGUACCGUUUGCUUUUCCACGAACUCUAAAUACAUCAAUAUCAUGUAGCUUCAACUUGAUACUCUUUACUUUCGUUGCAGGAUGAAGUAAUUAUUCCUCAUUUGGACCCUGGAAUUGUUCCGUAGACUGUAGAUCCAGAUGCAACUGACUCAGAAGAGAGGGGUUAAAGGAUUCCAAAGAGACCUGUCAAAAUUAGUCCUUGGAAAUUCGCACAUCAGUAUACAAGGUUAACCCAAUUAAAUCACUUUGUAUCUCUAGCUAGUUAUGUACAAAGUGCAGGCGUUUCAUUGAUGCUUCAAAUCUCUCACUCCAAAGUUGAGUAAGGAAUAUCUUAUUACUCCAUACUAGGUAAACACCCGUGCUACGCUGCGGGAAUUGUUUCCAUAUUUUUUAUCAAAAUAUUUUCAAUUUGAUAAUUGUUAUUUGUUUAAAUUUAAAAUUAUUAACAUUUGAAGAUUUAUUUAGUACCAACAUGUUUAAAUUUAAAGUUAUUAACAUCUUUAGGUAGUCUUUAAUUUGUCUCAUGUGGACAUUGGCGAUCAGACUUCUGAUUGGUACAAGUCAAAAUUGUAACGACCUGACCCGGUGUUUUUUUUUUUCUAAAUCCUGUUUGUUUGGUUCAAUUAAUAAUUUUAGAACCCAAACCAAUUAUUUAAUCUUUCUUAAGCCGUGUAAGUAUUUAUAUUGACGUAAGUACCUCUUUCUCUAAAACAUGCGUCACCUUUCCCAUCCCCUCUCCUUUUAUUUGACGUUGUAACUGUACCGAUAUGGAGAGGAGUGUUGCGAUCGUCACCAUCUCUUGUCUCAAUCAUCAACUGCACUUCUCACCACAAUCGCUCGACGUCAGAGUUAUCACAGUCCACCGGAAAGCUGCGCUGUCACUGCGGAGUCCAUGAUUCUAUCGCCACUCUUGUCGUCAUGUUGUUCAGUCGUGUGCCAAGAGGAAGGUGGAUCUCCAAAGAGAUGCGAUCUGUCAUUGCUCUUCACCACCGUGAGUUAAGCACAACAGAAGCUCACAGCCAUGUCAUCAGCCACACCCUUUCCGACGGAGCCACCAUCAUCAACCGUGAGCCUUGUCGUGAGGUGAAGUGCCCUUUAUCCGGUUACUUAUGCUGCAAGUAAUAGUUAUAAACCCUAAAUAUAAUUAUUUCUUUAUUGUAUAUAUAUAUUUCAUGUAUUUUUUUUUAUUUCCGGUCUGUGUGACAUUGAUGAGAAAUCGAGAUCUACGGCUAAACCCAAAAUAUUGCAGGAAGAAUCUACUUGGCUACGAUGGAGCUAUGGGUUUGUCCGAGAUUGGUUUGAUAUUAACAAAAUCGCUUAUUGAACAAAUGUUUAUGCUUAUGUGUAGUUUACUAAAACUUAUGUGUAUAAAUGAAAUGUUUUGAUUGGUUUUCUACUUUUUUUCAUUAAUUGACACGGCAGUCUCACAGGCUUCUAAACAUCUGAUGUGUCAUUCCCUCGAGAGAACCUUGUGCUAUUAUUGUGUUGAUUCAUCCCUUAUCUUUUUAUAAUUUUUUCGCAAAACGAUCCGCAUAUUUUACUUUAUAUCAAAAUAAAAUAAUAUUUUUUUUAUUUUUACCUGAACAGAAUAUAUUGAACUGAAAUAUAUAUAUACAUAAGUAAGGAGUUUUGGUAAAAAUUAAUAAUAAGCAAAAGAUAAUAUAUUAAGAAUAAUUUAAAAAAAACAACUAAAGGAAUUCUGCAUGAUCCUCGUUUCUUUUUACGAGUUUCCACUUUCUAAUGUUAUAGCUAUCAAAAUGACAUUAAAAGAAAAUUUAAUUUAUUUAACAAACAAAAAAAACUUUUUCCAGCCGUGACUUUUAAAAAACUUUGACCCUCUCGAUGGACACACAUAAUUUUGUCUUUGAGACGAUGUUUUAAAAGAGACAAAAAAAUUUUAUGAAGGCCACAUUUUUUUAAAAUGCUUUAAGCCACCUAAUUGUUUGGCACGACACUGAGUGGCAGUUACAAUUUACGUAAAUGUUAGGAAAUUUAAAUUCCAUAUAUUGUACACUAAGUUUUGUAAUCAUCUUAUUAUUAAUAUAGUAAGUGUUUUGUGGACUUAAUAAGCACACAAAAAAUUGUAGAAAUUAUAUUAUCAAUUCAAAGCUAUUAAAAUAAAUUAUUCUUAUUCUUUUGAAAUAUUUAAUAAUAAAUUUAAUAUUAAUUUUUUUAUAUAUGAUAAACUUUUUUCUAUUUUAAUAAAAUAUCUUUUACUACGUAAAGUUUUUGAAAACAGUCAUAUAUACAUAAAACUAUAUACAUAGAUUUAUAUUUAUUUUAAAAAGAUUAUGAUGUAAAUAUUUUUGAAUAACAUUGUAUAGAAUUCUUUUAGAUAAUGAUGAUUAUGAAAUUAAUAAUUUUUUAAAAAAUUAUGGGUAAUUAUAUAUAUUAACAAAUCUAAUUUAAUUAUUUAUUAAAGUAAAUAAAGACUUCAAAGGCAUUAAUUUUAACGUGAGAGCAAAACAACAAUUGGCAUAAUAUUAUAAUAUUUUUAAAUAUUUUGGCAACUCUUUUCAGAAAUUAUCACAAUGAGUGAUUUUGACUAUCUAAAGAAAUGUAUUUUAAAAGAUAGAUGAUUCAUUUUUUCUUAUGUGAUAUAUAUAUAUAUAUAAAAUAAAAUAUAGUUGAUUAAAUAUUACUAAACCAAAUAUAAUAUAAAUAGGGUUUUAGUGAUUUAAACCCCCAACUAUUUUUAAAUCAGAUUGAAAACUCCAACUAAACUUCAUGUUUUUAAACCUCCAACUAUUAACCCGUUAAUGUCGUUAACCUUCGAUCAACAAAAUCGUCUUAUAUGAACGGAGAUCCGUUAAAAUGAAAUGCCGCGUUUCAUUUAGUUACAGAAACAACACGAGAUGCUUAAAAUCCCUUGGAUUUUAGCGAUUUAAACCCCUAACUAUUUUUAGAUUGGAUGGAAAACUUUCAACUAAAACUUUUUGUUUUGAACCCUCAACUAUUGAAACGUUAUUGUAUGUAAUCCUCCAUCAAUGGUGCCGUCUAUUCUGAACAGAGACCCAUUAAAUUGAAUGUGACGUUUCAUUUAAGCACGUAGAUGUUUAAAAAUAACACGAAGGGUGCAAAAACGACGUGAUUUUUUGAAUCCGAUUUUAAAAUCCCCUCAUGCGACAUAACUCCCAGAAAUCCUCGACUCAAAAAUCCCCAAAUCAGUAACCCUAAUUGCAAAAAGACUUCUGAUCUGAGAGUUUUGACUAAUAGUAUAGAUUAUUUCGAAAUUCACAUCUUCUUUUUCUGAUCUUGUAAUAUAUGUUUUCAAGCGUCAUUGAGCAUAUUAUAUUAUAUUUUCAUUUAAAAUCUGAUUAGUACACUAAUAUGUCAAUAUACUAUAAUUUUUUGAAUAUACAUAUAUAUAUAUAUAUAUAUAUAUUUGUUUCAGAUAUAAGUUUCAAGAAAAACUGAAUAAACAAAUAUAUUUACGUGUAUUUAAAACUGAUCAGAAACUGAAAAAUAUAAUGCUAAAAAUUGGAAAAAAAUUCCUUAUUUUUUACUUCAACAAAUAAUGUAUAUGUUUCCUUAAUUUAAAAGAUUUUUUUUCUUACUUCCAUAUUUUCGUAAUUGUAAAAGAUAAUUUCCUUGUUUUUUUCAACAAAUAAUGUAUAUGUUUCCUUAUUUUAAAAGAUUUGUUUCUUACUUCCAUGUUUUCUUGGAUAACAAAUUCGAAUUUACUUGUUAUAACAGCUAAAAUCGAAAAUUUUUAAAUAUUCUUAUAUUCAUCAUUUCCCAAAAUCUUUCCACUACUUUACUAUAUAAGCCAUAUCUUGCCUCUCUCUGCUCGGACACCACCACCUUUGAAGAGUAUCUCUCAACUAAAAAAAAAAGUCUUUUUUCUAAACUUAUAGUUGCAACAACAAAAUGAUGAUACCAAGUUAUGAUCCAAACGAUACAGAGGCUGGUCUCCAGCUUCUUGAGGAUCUAACCACAAAUGCUGAUGCCAUUCAACAACAAGUUCUCCACCAAAUACUCUCUCAAAAUUCAGAAACCGAAUAUCUCAGGUCGUUUCUUGAUGGAGAAUCUUGCAAUAUUCAAGAAAAUUUCAAGAACAAAGCCCCUGUGGUAAAUUAUGAAGACAUAAAGCCCUUCAUCCAACGAAUCUCUGAUGGAGACUCAUCCGAUAUCCUCUCUGCUCAACCCAUCACUGAGCUUCUCACAAGCUCGGGAACUUCGGGUGGAAAACCAAAAUUGAUGCCUUCUACAGCUGAAGAGUUGGAUAGAAAGACAUUUUUCUACAAUAUGCUUGUGCCCGUCAUGAAUAAGUUUGUGAAUGGGCUUGAUGAAGGAAAAGGAAUGUACCUUUUGUUCAUAAAACCAGAGAUCAAGACUCCUUCUGGUCUACAGGCACGUCCUGUGUUAACCAGUUACUACAAAAGUGAACAAUUCAAGAACAGGCCUUUCAACAAGUACAAUGUCAUCACUAGCCCUAACGAUGCCAUUCUUUGUGAAGACAGCCAGCAAAGCAUGUACUGUCAGCUUCUUUGCGGUUUAUUCCAGCGAUCUGAUGUCCUAAGACUCGGUGCUAUCUUCGCUUCCGCCUUUCUUCGAGCGGUCAAGUUCUUGGAGAAUCAUUUCACCGAACUGUGUGCUGACAUUAGAACCGGUACUGUCGCUAGCUGGAUCACUGACUCGGGCUGUAGAGACUCGGUUUUGUCAAUCCUUAACGGUCCUAACCAAGAACUGGCUGAUGAGAUCGAGGCUUUGUUCAAUGCGAAGUCGCGGGAAGGAAUCUUGAAAAGGAUUUGGCCUAAGACGAAGUAUAUUGAGGUGAUUGUGACCGGAUCGAUGGCUCAGUAUAUUCCGAAACUCGAGUUUUAUAGCGGAGGUUUGCCUUUGGUUUCGGUUAUGUAUGCUUCCUCUGAGUGUUUCUUUGGUCUCAACAUCAAUCCUCUGUGUAAGCCAUCCGAUGUUUCUUACACACUUCUUCCUAACAUGGCUUACUUUGAGUUCUUGCCUGUUGAUGAUAAGUCUCAUGAAGAGACUCACCUUGAAUCGCGUUCUACGGAUGAUGUUUCCCUUACGGACAAAGACCGUAUUGUCGAUCUUGUCAGUGUGGAAAUUGGACGGUACUAUGAACUCAUCAUCACAACAUUCGCAGGUUUAUACAGAUACAGAGUUGGAGAUAUCCUAAAGGUGACAGGUUUCCACAACAAGGCACCCCAAUUCAGUUUCGUGGAGCGAAGAAACGUUGUGUUAAGCAUCGACACAGACAAAACCAGCGAAGAAGAUCUCAUGAAGGCAGUGACACAAGCCAAACUCAACCAUCUCCAAGGUCUCUUGCUCACCGAGUACACGAGCUAUGCGGACACGUCAUCAAUCCCAGGGCAUUACGUGCUCUUCUGGGAGCUGAAGCCACGUUACGACAAUGACCCACCAAAGCUAGACAAGAAGAUGAUGGAGGACUGUUGCUCUGAGGUGGAGGAUUGUCUGGAUUACGUGUACAGGAGGUGCAGGAACAAAGAUAGAUCAAUAGGGGCUUUGGAGAUAAGAGUGGUGAGUUUGGGUACUUUUGAUGCCUUAAUGGACUUUAGCAUCUCACAAGGAUCUUCAGUGAAUCAGUACAAGACACCAAGAUGUGUUAAAUCUGGAGGAGCUCUUCAGAUUCUUGAUUCCAGAGUUAUUGGGAGGUUCUUUACCAAGAGAGUUCCUCAGUGGGAGCCACUUGGUUUAGAUUCAUAGCUUUACUCUCUUCUCCUUACUAAGUGAAUCUUGCGCUGCGCAAUGGUUGUUGUCGUUCUUUUUGUUUUUUUGUUUUGUUGAACACAAAUCGUUCUUUUUGUUUACACAAGUUUUAAGAGGAUUUGAGAAUCCUCCAGUGCAACUAGAAAGUAGAGAGCUUGAAUAAUGAUAUAGCUCAAAGUUAUGAACAAAAACUACGGUGAACCUUAAAAUUCACUUCUCCUUCUAGGACCAAUCAAAGUGUCACGUAGAUAAUUAAUUAAAAAUAUUAAAUUUAUUUAAAAGUAAUUAAAAAAGAAUAAUGCUAAUUUUAACAACGCUGACGCCGACAGCUAAACCGUAAACCCAAAAUCUUAAAUUCUCAACUCUAAACCUUAAACCGUAAAUCUUAAACCCAAACUCUAUACCCUAAACUCAAAUCUUAAACCCUAAACCCAAAUUGUAUACUCUAAACUCAAAUCUUAGACCUUAAAACCAAACCGUAAACCUUAAAUCCAAAUCAUAUACCCUAAACCAAAUCCUAGACCCUAAAUCCAAGUUGUAUACCUUAAACCCAAAUCUUAGACUUAAAAUCUAAACCGUAAACGCUAAGCCCACAUCUUAGACUUAAAACCCAAACCGUAAACGCUAAACCCAAACCCUAAACCUAGACGCUAUAAGGUUUGGAGUCUAGGAUUUAGGUUUAGGAUAUAUGGUUUGGGUUUAGAGUUUGUGGUUUGGGUUUAGGGUUUACAGUUGGGUUUAAGGUAUACAAUUUGGAUUUAAGGUCUAUGAUUUGGGUUUAGGGUUUGGGUUUAGAAUUUAAGGUUUAGAGUUUAUAAAUUAAGAUUUAGGAUUUACGCUUUAGCUGGCGGCAUCAUCGUCGUUAAAAUUGACGUUAUUCUUUUUUUUAGUUAUUUUUAAAUAAAUUUAAUAUUUUUUAAUUAAUUAUCUACGUGUCACUUUGAUUGGUCCUGAAAACAGAAGUGAAUUUAAAGGUUGAACAUAAGUUUUGUUCCAAAGUUAUUCAUUUAAGAAUUUCAAAAGUUAUGAAAAACCCGCAAGACAAAUGAUAUUUUUAUUUUAUUUUUCCUAAAAUAUAUUUAUUUUUAUUUUAGUAAUUCAAUGCUGGAUAAAUAAAGUUCACCAACAACAUUAUUUCCUAGCUAAUAGAAAUAGAGUUAUAAGAAGAAGUCAAUCAACUUAUUCAGUUUUGCUUUCUUUAUUCUGAAGCUUUAUAAUAUCUCUCUCUUGAUUCUCUUUUUUUCGUAACUAUUCAAAUCUUCCUAGGAAGAGAUCCCUGCCAAGGCGUACAUUUGAUCGGUUUAAUCUUGAGAACUCAACAAAUUGUCUUUCUCAUGAUUGAUCCAACAUGAACGAGAGAUGCGAGAUUGUUAGCUAGGGGUUUAGUGGGUCGAUUUUGUGAUUGUAAGGGUCAUUUUGAUGUUCUCAACAGUGGCGGACGUACGUGCCCCCGGUUCAUUUUUUGUUUUCUUUAACCAAUUAUAUGCAAAUGCUUUCUAACUAACUCAAAUUAUAUGAUAGCGCCCCCAGCUUAUUCAAUUUCUAAGGUAGUACCCCCAGCUAUAAAUCCUCUUAGAUCCGCCAAAGGUUCUCAACAUAAAAAUUAGUAUCAGAGCUCAGGGUCACGGUAACAUUUUGAGGUGGAUAAAUAAUAAAUGUAAUCGUAGAUGAGAUUUAUCUUUCUUUGUAGAAUAGAAAUAUACUGCCAUAGAUUGAUGUCUUUUAUGAGAUUAACCAGGAAGUUCUACGGAAGAAUACGAAUUCCAGCAUCAUUUAGUCCCGAGUCAAAGAGAUCAACUGAUAAGAAAAGACAAUUGACGAACCAACUGAUUUUGAAAUGAGAUAACUUUAGACAAAAUCUUCUUAUCAAAGUCUUUACCAUACUGAGGUUAUCUGUAACCUCAAGAAAUUAAUUGGAACUUGACAUCUUGGUGAAAUGACACAGAAAGAGUGUUGGUUGACAUGGUUCCUUGGAAUUUGACUCGUGCAUAUUCAAAAGUGUGAAAUCUGGUAUGUUUCUGUUGUGUUACACAUGAAGAUGAAGAUGAUGUGUACCACAUCUACGUGGACAGAAAGAACUAUUAAGCGUGUGAUGUAGGGAGUUCUUAUUAGUUCAUCUUGAACGUGAUUAACGAACUAGAAGAUAGUCAUAUCACAAACUGGAAGAUGUGGUGAUGCUAUUUUUUAGGAAAAGGUAUAUUGCACUAUAAGAAACAUUGAAAUCAUAUAUAUCAUAGCUUAGACUUAGGGAAAAAGUUAAAUUUUUGGCAUAGUAUUCUCAUGGAGACAUAAAAAGGUUUUGGAGUUUCAGAGGUGAGUGAACUGGAAACGUGAUCAACUGGUAUUGUCACGCAAAAGGGUAGAAUAAUAAUUGGUUUGUUUCAAGCCGUGUGUAACGUUCAGUAAUUCAGAUUAAAUAAAUGUGUAAGAUUAUUUAACUGAUUCUUAAUAAUAAGAGACACAUGGCUUCUAAUCCCUUGUGUUCUUCCUGGUUUUGCUUAGUAUAAACUUUUCAUUUGGUAUCAUAGCAGGUUGCCACUUGGAUUUCCUAUCCACAUACAUGUUGAGGUCCUAUGGAAGUCUUUGAAACCAUGAGAGAACUCGUAAUUCUACUGAGCCCCUACAUGUUGGAUGAAGACAAUUUGGUCAUUGGAAGGCUUGUCUGAGACAUAUAAUCCGUGGAUUAGACGAAGAUGCUUGGAAAGUGGUUUAACUCAGAUGGACUGCACCCACCAUUCACAUGGAAGUUGAUAGGUCUCAGAAUUUACCACUAUUAGGAUAUAUUGUAGGCCAUAUUUAGAGUCUUUAUUAUGUACUUUGCGUCUGUUUUAGAUCAUUUACAAGUUUAGGUGUGUUUUGGAGUACAUCGAAGAUUAUGGAGUAAAAUGGAGCUUGAAGAGAAGACAACUUGUAGUUUUGCAGAGAUGAGAGUCGAGAUAUGAUGUGAGCGUCGAUCAACGCUAGUGCGGUUUGACAAAACCGGAGAAACUUUCAAGAAACCCAUGAAUGUGUUAAACCUAUAUAUAUAUCUCUAUUUUACAGCCACUAUUUAGUUUAAGUUUUUUUAGAGAGGUUUUUGGAGAGAAUAUCAGACCUCUUUUGGAGAUUGAUUAAACCUCCAAUAUUUCUUACAUUUUCUUAUUUCAUAUUAUGAUUUAUGUUUCUACUAUAAUAUCUGAGUAAUUCACUUGUUAGAUCUAGAGAUUUUCUAAGAUUUUGAUGUAUUUGUUAUUUGAUAGAUAUGAUACGGUAAUUAUUUUUAAUUGAGAAAAAAAUAAAUACUAAAUAAAUUGUGACCACUAAAAAUGUAUUCAGCAAUAAUCAGAUUUUAUAAUAUGAAAACAGAAGUUUUUAUAAAUGUUUCAUGUCAUGCACGUAAAAUAGAUAAUAUAUAUGUGAAUGUAACUAUAUAUAUAUUAGAUUUUAACCCGCGCUUUCAAAGUGCGAGAUUUUUUUCUUAUUUUAAAUAGACAAGUAUUUUUUAGUUAUAAGAUUAUGUGUUUAAUAGUAUAGAUACAUUUUUGUUUUUGUAUCUUAAAAAUAUUCAUAGAUGUUAUAAAUUAUUCAAAAAAUUGUAAAUUUAUCCUCAUAUAGUUAAUUUUGAAGAGUUAAACUUUUUUAUAAUUUUAGUGGAUUAUUUUUUAAUUUACCUAACUACUAUUUUGUGAAAAUAUUCAUAUAGCUCCCCUCUAGUUUUUAAUAUUUUAUUAAACUUAAACCUAUACAAAGAUCAAUAUUUAUCUUCAUAUUUAAUUAACAACCAAAAAUAUGUUUUGUCCAAAAAAAAAAUUGUUAUGUCUUAUAAAAAAGGCAUCACCAAUAUUUAGGGAAUCUAGUUCAGCAUAUUCAAAAAUAUAUACUUGAUAGAUAUUAUGAAUCAAAAUAUAGUUAUUGAUCCAAAUAUUUGCGGAUAUCAAUUUAAUGAUGAAAAAUUCGGUGUGAUUAUUUUGGAAACGUAUAUAAUAUAUUUUAUACUUUCUGAUCAUGUUUUAAAUGAAGUUUAGAUUGUUUCCAAAGUUAAUAUCUAUCUUUACUACUCCCUCUCUGUUUCCGAAAGUAAGAUUUUCUAGAGUUUUCAUGUUUAUUAAGAAUAUAAUAAAUGUUUACAAUUGAAUUUACAAUUUAUUUUUCAAUACACUUUCCAAUAACUAUUCACCAAUAAAAUUUAAUAAUUUCAAAUAUUCACAAUUAAUAUUUCUCAAAAGUAUAAAAAAUUUAUUUUUGUAGAAGAAGAAUAAAAUCUAAAAAAUCUUAAUUUCAGGAACGGAUGAAAUAUUAACUUAAACCUAGAAGAAUAUUCGUAGUCUUUAUAUACUAUUAUAUAUUGUGUUUUCUCUAUAUUUUAUCAUACAAAUCAUUUAUUCUCCUUGUAUUAGAUAUUUUAGUUAUCUAUUAAAAAAAUAAUGGAUUUAGAUGAGAAACUUAAAAUAAUAUCCAUUUAGAGUAUAAUUUGCAAAAAAAAAAACUAUAUGCAUUACAAUAUACAGUUUUGAUAUAUGAUGUGAACGCAUACACAUACAGGAUAGCACGUACAGUACGCAUUUGUAAGUCUUGAAAAUUUUAAGGGCAACUCCCACCUGAGACCUGACCCAGCUUAGUACUUUUGCUUUUGUUUCGCUCUCAUUAUUAUUUUUUUCGGUGGGAGAAAGACCAUGCCGUGUCAAAGGGGCCACACCCACCUGACCCAACUCGGUAAAUAUAAUCCAUGCAAAACGCAAAAGCUUAGAUUUGCAAUCUCAUGGGUGAGCAGUGACUUGAUUCUGUAGAUAUCUUUGCUAUAAAAGAAAUCAUUAGAAUAAAUAUUUAGUAACCUAUAUUCCUAAUCGAAAAGUAAUUUAUCUGUACUAAAGUAGAGAUUUUUCUCUUUCUUAGUGAAAAGGGAGUUUACUGACACAUGUCCUUAUAUAUUUUCCAUGAGAACUCACAGCUUUGUUAAAUCAACAAAUUAUCGAUGGAUGUUAGGCUUUUGGGGUCUGAAUUUGUUUCUAAACUCCCCAAGUACUAAUACUCACUACUCUCUCACAAAAAAAAAAACACCUUUGUUUAUACCUAUAGUGAAUGUAGCUCAGACUAUAAUCUACCACCUUAACUAGAGCUAUUAACUCUACUAGGUCCGUUUCCGCGCUACGCGCGGAUUACAUAUUAUAAAUUUAUUUAUUAAUUUUAGUUAAAAUUAAAAGAAUUUGCAGAUAGAAAAAAUAUUGAAUGUUUUUUCUUAUAACUUUUCUUUUGACAACCGUUUUUUCUUAUAACAUCCCUAAAGUAUAUAAGUUAGAAUAAAUAUUUUCAGCUAAAUUACUUCAUUUUCAACCAAUCAAGUGAAAAUAAUGCUAGGCUUAUUUACUCCAAAAAGAAUAAUUGUAGGGUAAUAUUUUCUCUAUUUAAAACAAAACAAAACUUUACUUUUAAUUUUAUUUUUAGUUUUCUCCUUUUCUAUAUUUCUUUCUCCCCUUCAUUAUUCAGAAUUUAUAUCAUUUAGAGUCGUUACUCGUUGUCUUAAGUUGACUUAUGUGAUAAUAAAAUGACUCUUCUUUAACUUUCUUCACCUCGUAACCUGUUACACACUAAUAAUACACAGUCAUUACUCAUUAUUAUAAGCAUAAAUAGUUAUUGAUCAAGUUAUGAGACCUCAUCGUCAUCUUUUUCUUCUUUGGGAGAAAUCAGUUGGAUUUUGCAGCUGUCAUAGUUGGAUUCAGUGGAAGGUUGAGUGUCAAUAGGACUAUAGGAGAGUUCAAUAGCAGCCACUAAGAUUUUAACUCCAUAUGUAAACUGAUCUCAUCUGAUAACAUUAAAGUAUCUUUAUAUAUGUAUCAUGAUGGCUAAUGCUAAAAAAAACAUAUAGCUAUACAAUGAAGAAAAAAAAAGUACUUUUCCAAAUCAUAUAUUUCGUUCUCAAAAAGAACGGUAAUAAUCGUAGUUAAAACUAUGCUUUUGUAGAGGCAAUCUUCAACAAAUCAUGUAGCUGCGCAAGAAUACCCUUCCUGAAUUUACCUUUGUUCAGACUCUUCGUACCAAAUUCUACUGUAAAUAUUUCACAAACCGGUAUGCGAUCUGAACACCGGGAUUCUCUUGGAGUAUUAAGAAACAGGGUCCCAAUCAUAUUCUUUCCGUUACUUUGCUAGAUUUGAAAUUUCUAAAAUCAAUUUUUUUUCUCAUAACAGUACCAAGCAACUUUAUAAGAAGCUAAUGAAUCAAUGUAGACUAAGAACUGCAACACAGUAUAAGAGAACAUGUUUUCCAAAGAUUCUGCAAAGCUAUACCACUACUGAUAUUACCUUGAAUUUGCAGGACUAAUUUCAAAACAGAAAAGAGAACGUGAAAGGACAUGAAUGACAACGGGAUUGUUGGAGAUGAUCGUUUAAGCCAUCAGAACAAAAAAAUCAACUGAAAAUAUUCAUAUUUGCAACAGCUCAAUAUGAACAAUUAUAGGGAUGAUAACUGUAAUAAGAAAAUCAGAAGAAAUUAAUUUAAUUAUAAUAUUAGACAUUAGAUUAUAGAGAUACCUUAGACUCUAGCAUCUUCAAAUUUCUGGUGUGGACUGAGCUUUUCUUACUUACACAAAUUUAGUCUUUAUUGGUCGAGCCAUCUGUAAUAGACUUCUCAGAUCAGUGUUUCUAAGCUAAGACAUCUAUCAAGAUGAUGUCAAUAUAACAACAAACAUGAUGCAUCCAGGAAAAAGGUAAUCAAACCUCAAUGAAAGCCGAACUUAAGAAACUGGUGUAGCAUGCAUCUUCUUCGGGUGCCAACUCUAUAAACGUAUGUGAUUAAAAAUAUCUAACCACACACAGAAGUGCAUCUUCUUCAGAGGAUCAUAGUCGUAAGGUAUAUGUACACCAUCUGCAAAAUAAAAUAAAAACUCAUUUUAGGCGUUAAAAUAAAACCCAGAAAUACAUCAUUGUAACCAAACCUUCUUCUACACUGCCUUGUGCUUUUCGCAGUGAACUUAGAAGCAAUGUUCGCACAACUGAAAUCAAUGUAAGGAUCAUCAAAGCCUCCUCCUUUUUCCAAAUAAUCUUGUUUUCAUCUAAAUUUGUACAUGCGACCACAUAGCAUUUCUUUGACCAACGUAGCUCACUAGACUAUGCAUUCAUGACAAAGAAAUGAGACUUAUGGAAGUUCAAAAGAAAUUAUUUUGUACGUCUCUUACGAUCUUCCAUUCUCAAGAUCGAUUCACUGUUACAUACAUUUUUUUUAAUUCAAACCGUCUUACCAGGACAGUCUUGGUCACCACUCUGAGUUGCAAAUUGACUAUUCGGGGUCUAAUCUCCAUCUAGUGAUGGUCUACACUCCCCGUUAGACAUAUCUCCUUUUUGUUUGUCAGAGACCUUUCUAUGUCCAGUUCUGCUCAUAUCUCCUUCACUCUCAGAUACACGUAUGACAGAAUUGGAAUCUGCUCACCAAAUGAAUCAAAUAUAUUUGAUGUUGCAACAGAAAAUAUCAGUUUUAAAAUGCAAAUGGUUGUUCCAAAAAAAAAAAAAAAUGCAAAUGGUGAAACUAACUAUAUGAGAAACAUCACAUACCAUGAAUCACAAAGAAGCGAUCCAGAGACCGUUAUGACUGAAUAUCUUCUGACCUAGACCAGUUAUCCAGGAUCUCCUCUGUGGUAAGAAGAGAUGACAACAACAUUAGGAGAUGAGUGGAGAAAACACAAAAAAAUUCAAUACUUUGAAAAUCAAAACAUAAGUAUAGAGGAGUAUACUGAAUAGAGAUCCAUCUUUCGCCCUAAGACACAUAUGGGAACAUAUCCAUCCGAGGAUAAACAGUCUUUGAGUUUUAUUAUCCUUUACCAUCGCUAUCUUGAGUUCCAUCAGCUAGACGAUCUAAAUGAUUGUUAAAUUUCGUUAACAAACCAGCAAAUUUUUUAUUUUUUAAGGAAGCCAAGAGAUGUUAACUUUUCAAGAACAAAGAGAAGAAAGCUUACACACGUUCACAUCUACCGAGCUGAUUAACCACAUCAACGAACGCCUUGUUACAUUGUAGUAUCCAAAGCAUGCGAUGUUAAAUGUUACUUACACUGAGCUCCUCUUUCGAUGAGAUGAUUAAUUAACAUACUGAGCCUGUGUAUAAAUACAGAAAACAUAUACGCUAAAGAAACAAAACCUGUGAGUUUGGACUUAUGGACUUGGAUCGUCAUUGGCUUAUAUAGAAUAAGAGAGUGGAUUCAUAUCGUCGGUUUGUAUGUUUUGAAGGAGUUAUAAUGGCUGAACUGAUGAAAGAGGGUGAAGAAACGAUUCAUAAUCGCCGAUUGAAUUGUAGGUUUUUUUCUUUUCGUUGGAUGACAUGGAUUUUAAAGCUGAGAUGUCAAUUUAAUUGGCCAUGAAUUUUUUGCCUAUGUGGCAUAGCUAGCUGAUGACCCUCAAGUCCUUUUAGUAUUGUAUAGAUUAUAUAUUUUGAAAAUAAAGUAGAGUUUUGAAGUCAUUACGGUAGAAUAGAGGAAUGUGCAUACAUAUAAAUAUAUAUUCACACAGUUGGUAUAUUGCAUAAAUUAAAUAUAUGGAUAUUAGCUUCCUCUUCAACUUUUUUAAAGAGUAACAUAUAUAGAUCGUAGAUAUAGAGUUGAGUAUUGUAUAAAUAUGGUAGACACUAGACAGAGACCCAAAAGCUUGCCUAAAAGAAAAAUAACCCCCACACAAUUAAAAAAAAAAACAAAUCAUAACAUAGAGGGCCAUCAAUGUGAUGUACUACUUGACUUCUAGACUGCUAAUUGUUUGCCUAAAUUUUGGCUUAUUUAUUUGUGUAAGAUAUUUUAAAUUCAACGGCUAAAAUAAGUUACAAUCAACCCAAUUAAUUAUAGGAUUUUUAAUGCAAAAACUCUUCAAUUAAGUUUAUUUCGGAUAAAAACCCCUCUUCAACUUUUUUAAAGAGUAACAUAUAUAGAUCGUAGAUAUAGAGUUGAGUAUUGUAUAAAUAUGGUAGACACUAGACAGAGACCCAAAAGCUUGCCUAAAAGAAAAAUAACCCCCACACAAUUAAAAAAAAAACAAAUCAUAACAUAGAGGGCCAUCAAUGUGAUGUACUACUUGACUUCUAGACUGCUAAUUGUUUGCCUAAAUUUUGGCUUAUUUAUUUGUGUAAGAUAUUUUAAAUUCAACGGCUAAAAUAAGUUACAAUCAACCCAAUUAAUUAUAGGAUUUUUAAUGCAAAAACUCUUCAAUUAAGUUUAUUUCGGAUAAAAACCCCUCAAUUAAAGAUUUACCGUACAAACCCUUCCCUUCCCUCCCCCCCCCCACAAAUAAUCUUUUUUAAUGAAUCAUCCCCUCCGUCUAUAGCACCAUUAAAAGAUGUGUGCUUGCCGUUAUGUCUAACACGCAGCGAUUCAUUUAUGAUGAAAACGUCACAGCUUUUUUGUAUCUCUUCUUCAUCUCUUUAUUUGGUAUCAUUUGGUCAGACUAUUGUUUCGUAAGGUGUGUUGUUCGUGGAUAUGUCGUUAGUUGUUGGUCAAACCAGAAAUUGGAACAUUUGUUUUAACUAAAUUAUUAGAAUACACAAAUAGAAAAAUUCCAAUAUAAACAUGGUUCACUACACAAGGAUUACAUAGUUUACUGCAAAAGAAAGUUCAUAUGACCUUAAGUCAGGACAAAAUGAAACAGCAGCAAAAUAUUUAUAAAUUCAAGUUUAAAUAUAUGAAUAGACUUCUCGAAAAGUGUUUUCAUAGACUUCUCAAGAAGUAUAUUCCUAGACUUUUUGAGAAGUUUUUUCAGGGUUAUAACCGUAAAAUUUUCUACAGUUUUAUUUCUUUUAAUCAUAAAAAAUUUUGUUUUGUUUAAUCAUAAAAGAACAGUUGUAAUUUUAUCGUCCUUUAAGACCACCUCCAUUGGUUAGAGUCCUUAAUGGAUUCUUAAAAUUAAUUUAAUAGCUAAUUAUGUACUUUAUGAAGUUUAAAACUCAUAUUAAUGUAAUUAGUUGUGUGAAGGUCCAAUGGAAGAAUCCCUACGAGGUUUUUAACUUUUUUUUUUUUGAAAUUAAAUUUAAAUAUUACAAAACUUAUAAAUUAUUGGAUUUUAUAACAUUUAAACAAAUAUGGCAUAAAACAUAUGAAAAAUAGAAAUACAAAUUUAUAUAACGAAUUUAACAUUCCGGUGAGCUUCAUAUGUUCAAUGAAGUUAACAUU